AUCUCAGCUCGGAAUGAUAUUAAAGACGGUUAGCUUGUUGCUUAUCCUAAGCAGUCAGGCAUGGGGACAAUCAAUUAAAAUAAGGAUACCUGUCUGGGAUGCUUCCACCUUAUUUACGCGCCUAACUGGAAUAGGAAUCAACACAGGAAACUCGAAUAACCAAAAUCCAUCAAAUGGCAAUAACAACCAGCAGAAUAAUCAGCAGAACAUCCAGCAGAACAACGAAUACAACGAUUAUCUGAACGACUAUUAUAACAACUAUUGGGCGAAUGCAUACCAGAACGCGGAUCCUUAUGGAUACGGAUAUUAUGGACCCUACGGUCCUUAUGGACCCUAUGAUCCGAAUGGAUUUCAACCUACAACAGAAGCUCCAACAACAACCAACGCACCGACUACAACUGAAAUUCCCAUUUGUACAGUUUUUCCUGAGCUUCCAGUGUGUCAAUCAUUAUCAACAAGUACAACGAGCCCCACAACGGAGUCCACCACAACUACAGAAAGUACUACGACAUCUACAGCGAUCCCCAUCACUGAUUCCACGACAACAACAGCUAGUGGAACAACGUCCACAGCGAUACCCGAUACUGAUUCCACCACAACAACUACAGCGAGUCCAACAACAGAGUCCACCACAACAACUACAGCGAGUCCAACAACAGAGUCCACCACAACAACUACAGCGAGUCCUACAACAGAGUCCACCACAACAACUACAGCGAGUCCAACAACAGAGUCCACCACAACAACAAUAGCGACGAGUCCAACAACAGAGUCCACCACAACAACUACAGCGAGUCCUACUACAGACUCCACCACAACUACAGAGAGUACUACGACAUCAACAGCGAUUCCAAUUACUGAUUUUACGACAACAACAGCUAGUGGAACAACGUCCACAGCGAUACCUGUUACUGAUUCCACCACCACAACUACUGCAAGUCCCACAACGGAUUCCACCACCACAACUACUGCAAGUCCCACAACGGAUUCCACCACCACAACUACCGCAAGCCCCACCACGGAUUCCACCACCACAACUACUGCAAGCCCCACAUCGGAUUCUACCACAACAACAGAAAGUGGUACAACUUCCACAGCGAUCCCUGUGACUGAUUCCACCACCACAAGUACUGCAAGCCCCGCCACGGAUUCCACCACCACAACUACUGCAAGUCCCACAACGGAUUCCACCACCUCAACUACCGCAAGCCCCACCACGGAUUCCACCACCACAACUACUGCAAGCCCCACAUCGGAUUCCACCACAACAACAGAAAGUGGUACAACUUCCACAGCGAUUCCUGUAACUGAUUCGACCACCACAAGUACUACAAGCCCCACAACGGAUUCCACCACCACAAGUACUGCAAGCCCCGCCACGGAUUCCACCACCACAACUACUGCAAGUCCCACAACGGAUUCCACCACCACAAGUACCGCAAGCCCCACCACGGAUUCCACCACCACAACUACUGCAAGCCCCACAUCGGAUAUCACCACAACAACAGAAAGUGGUACAACUUCCACAGCGAUUCCUGUAACUGAUUCGACCACCACAAGUACUACAAGCCCCACAACGGAUUCCACCACCACAAGUACUGCAAGCCCCACCACGGAUUCCACCACAACAACAGAAAGUGGAACAACUUCCACAGCGAUCCCUGUGACUGAUUCCACCACUACAAGUACUACAAGCCCCACAACGGAUUCCACCACCACAACUACUGCAAGCCCCACCACGGAUUCCACCACAACAACAGAAAAUGGAACAACUUCCACAGCGAUCCCUGUAACUGAUUCCACCACCACAAGUACUACAAGCCCCACAACGGAUUCCACCACCACAAGUACUGCAAGCCCCACCACGGAUUCCACCACCACAACUACUGCAAGUCCUACAACGGAUUCCACCACCACAACUACUGCAAGUCCCACAACGGAUUCCACCACCACAACUACCGCAAGCCCCACCACGGAUUCCACCACCACAACUACUGCAAGCCCCACAUCGGAUUCCACCACAACAACAGAAAGUGGUACAACUUCCACAGCGAUCCCUGUAACUGAUUCGACCACCACAAGUUCUGCAAGCCCGACCACGGAUUCCACCACUACAACUACUGCAAGCCCCACCACGGAUUCCACUACAACAACAGAAAGUGGAACAACUUCCACAGCGAUUCCUGUAACUGAUUCCACCACCACAACUACUGCAAGUCCCACAACGGAUUCCACCACCACAACUACUGCAAGUCCCACCACGGAUUCCACCACCACAAGUACUGCAAGCCCAACCACGGAUUCCACCACAACAACAGAAAGUGGAACAACUUCCACAGCGAUCCCUGUAACUGAUUCGACCACCACAAGUACUGCAAGCCCGACCACGGAUUCCACCACCACAACUACUGCAAGACCCACCACGGAUUCCACUACAACAACAGAAAGUGGAACAACUUCCACAGCGAUUCCUGUAACUGAUUUCACCACCACAACUACUGCGAGCCCCACAACGGAUUCCACCACCACAAGUACUGCAAGCCCCACCACGGAUUCCACCACCACAACUACUGCAAGCCCCACAUCGGAUUCCACCACAACAACAGAAAGUGGUACAACUUCCACAGCGAUCCCUGUGACUGAUUCCACCACCACAAGUACUGCAAGCCCCGCCACGGAUUCCACCACCACAACUACUGCAAGUCCCACAACGGAUUCCACCACCACAACUACCGCAAGCCCCACCACGGAUUCUACCACAACAACAGAAAGUGAAACAACUUCCACAGCGAUCCCUGUGACUGAUUCCACCACUACAAGUACUACAAGCCCCACAACGGAUUCCACCACCACAACUACUGCAAGCCCCACCACGGAUUCCACCACAACAACAGAAAGUGGAACAACUUCCACAGCGAUCCCUGUAACUGAUUCGACCACCACAAGUACAGCAAUCUCGACCACGGAUUCCACCACCACAACUACUGCAAGCCCCUCAACGGAUUCCACCACCACAACUACUGCAAGCCCCACCACGGAUUCCACUACAACAACAGAAAGUGGGACAACAUCGCCAGCGAUCCCCUCCACUGAGGAUACAGAUUCAUUGUGCAAACAAUUUCCCCAACUUCCGAAUUGUCAAUCGGCAAAAUCAGUGAAACUGAGUGAAAAUGAAUCUGGGCUGUCUGACAUCACUGCUUCUGGCACUGUCUUCAAGCCCGAGCAACAGCUGGCAAUUACUUCAAUGCCCCAAUCAGUAACUUCGCUCUGUUACUUUUAUCCUCGUCUGUGCUUGAAACCAGAGGAGGCCCAAUUUGUACGUCUUGCCGAUGGAAAUGGAAAACCCCUGUUGUUAAUUUCACAGUUUGAAGGACGAUCCGCUCAUCCCCAACAGCAGCCUGCCCUAUGGAGAGCAAUAAGGAGAUCCAUAGAAAAAAAUAGCCAAACACUUUAA